GGCCUCCUGCCACACGGCGACAUCGUGGGGCGGCUGCCUGGGCAGCUGGUGCAGACGGCGGGAGGCCUCAAGCUGCUCGUGCGGCGACCAUCGCUCGAGGAGUACGUGGUUCUCAUGGCGCGGGCCGCCACCAUCGCCUACCCCAAGGAUGUGAGCGCCAUGCUCACCAUGAUGGACUUGCACCCAGGGGACACCGUGUUGGAGAGUGGCAGCGGAUCUGGUGCACUGAGCCUGUUUCUGUCAAGAGCGGUUGGAUCCAAAGGACGCGUCAUAAGUUACGAAAUCAGAGAAGAUCACUACAAUUUAGCUAAGAAGAAUUACAGGCAGUGGCGUGCUUCAUGGGAGAUAGGACAUAUGGAAGAGUGGCCAGAUAACGUGGAUUUCAUUCUUAAGGACAUUACAACUGCUGCUGAGGAUAUGAAAUCUGUAACAUUUGAUGCAAUAGUUCUGGAUAUGCUUAACCCUCAGGCUGCUCUGCCUGUUAUAUGCCCAAGUCUCAAACAUGGUGGUGUGUGCGCUGUGUAUUUAGCAAACAUCACACAGGUUAUUGCCCUUUUAGACAGAAUACAGACCUGCAAGCUCCCUUUUUUGUGUGAAAAGAUCAUAGACGUAACACACAGAAAUUGGUUAGUAAUCCCUGCUAAAAUCAAGAAUUCCAAGUCAACGAAAAUAAUGGAAACUCAAGAAAAUACUGAGGAAGAACCUCAACAGAAAGAAUGUGAGGAAAUCCAUUUUCAGGAUCAAGCAGUUCUCAAAGGAAAUGAAUAUGAUGAAUUACUUUCUGACAAUGCUGAAACAUGCUCCUCAGUGCCUUAUGUUGCUAGACCAUCUUAUUGGCAGGAUCCUCAUUCAGCGUUCCUCACCAAGCUGAGAAAGUUUCAACUACCACUUUCUUGAUGUUGCUAAGAUGUCAGCUGCUAAUUGAGUAUUGUACUGGAAUAAAAUAAAACAUCAGAAAAUGACCACUAUGUUUUGCAAAUUGUUUAACUUCUAAAGAGUUACUGCUUUGAUUUCUACUGCAUAUGAACUUUGACAUCUCAUGAACUAUUUGAAGGAAAGGUUUUAACAGAAUUUGUCGU